ACAUGUCGUCCAAUUCUAUUCCUUCUCCCUUUCCUUUCCAUCUCUUCUCUUAGCGCAGCAGCAGCAGCGGCAGCACCCAUUACUAUAAAGAACCUUCACUUUCCUUCUCUUACUCCCACGCUUUCAUCUUCUUCUUCUUCUUCUUCUUUCUUCUUCCUCUUCCCUUUUUCUACUUUUCUUUUUUUUUCCAUUUUAUGCCUCUUCUUUCUCUUCCCCUUUUCCCAUGAUUCCCUUUCUCCAACUAUAAGAAUUCCCCCUCUUUCACUCCCACCAAUUGCACCAAUUCACCCUUUUUUUCUUUCUGGGUUUUCUCUUUUCCUUCUUCGGUUCACCAUGGACAAGCUUAAUUUUGUCAAAAAUGGCGUCCUUCGAUUGCCCCCUGGCUUCCGUUUCCACCCCACCGAUGAAGAGCUUGUUGUUCAAUACUUGAAGCGGAAGGUUUUUUCCUGUCCUUUGCCUGCUUCAAUCAUCCCAGAAGUUGAAGUUUGCAAAGCUGAUCCAUGGGAUUUGCCUGGGAAUAUGGAGCAAGAGAGGUACUUCUUUAGUACAAGAGAAGCUAAAUACCCUAAUGGGAACAGAUCAAACAGAGCAACAACUUCGGGCUAUUGGAAAGCUACUGGAAUCGACAAACAAAUUGUGACUUCCAAAGGAAAUCAAGUAGUUGGGUUGAAGAAAACUCUUGUUUUCUAUAGAGGAAAACCCCCACAUGGCUCUCGAACUGAUUGGAUUAUGCACGAAUAUCGUCUUGCUUCCCCACCAACUGUUUGUCUUAAUGCCUCACAGGAAAAAUCCUCGUUUCAGAGUUGUGUGGGUCCAAUGGAGAAUUGGGUUCUAUGUCGUAUAUUUUUGAAGAAAAGAAAUGGACAUCAAAACGAAGAGGAGAGAAACACAAGCAACAGCAACAUCAGCUACAGAAAGACAAGGAUGGGGAAGCCAGUGUUUUAUGAUUUCAUGAGAAAAGAAAGGGCUGAAACAGAUUUGAAUUUGGUUCCUUCUUCUUCAUCUUCAGGUUCAAGUGGGAUCACUGAGAUUUCAAAUAAUGAAUUGGAUGAUCAUGAAGAAAGUAGCAGCUGCAACAGCUUCCCUUACUUCAGACGAAAACCUUAAGAAGAGCUUAAUCUUUUUUCUUUUUUUUUUGGAAGGGGGUCUUCUUCAAUCAUCAUCUUCCUUUGGUUUAGGAGUAAAAUUUCUCUGAUUUCCCAAUGUCAGAAUAACCAUGAAAGAAAGAAAAAAGAAGAAUGUUAGUUGUUGGUUGGUCAUUAUGUAGUUUUUAAGGUUUCUGGUCUAUGUUUAUGCAGACAUAUAUCAGUAUCAUAAGCCCAAAAAGAGAUCAAUGAAACUGAAUCGGCGUUUUAACUUCUUCUUAGUUACCCA